AUGACAGACGAAGAAUACAAUAGUCGUUGGGACGGCGUGACCAGAGAAUUGUGGGAGGACCGGCAGGAGUGCUUCCAGACGGCUGUGGCUCGUUUAGAGUACGUAGGGAGCACGUUUAAUGAACAAUGUCGAUUGGAUGGACUGAAAACCCUAUGCAAAGUAGACGUAUUGGCGGGCUUUGGGUAUUCAGCAGAAGCGGUCGAUCUUUUUGUGUCCACUCUUCCACUAAGUAUGAAUCCUGAUCUAAUGAUUCGAAAAGCCGAAGCAGCCUACGACUGGAGGUUUUUCUGUCAUCUUUCUAUGUGGCGUUAUUCCUAUAAAGAUUGA